AUGGAUGUAAUUACGCCUGGCAAUCAGAUGGCGUCCCCUCUCAGAGUCCUGCACACGGGGGGCUCGGAAGGGGACGCCCUGGAGGACUCUGGCAGCCCCAUGCAGAAGUUCUCCGGGUUUGCUGCGCCAACAUUUGCCAGCCUGCAGAGAACCAACUCAUCACCAAAAAAGCAGCUGUCCAGAUCUUCCAGUUUGAACAGGGCCAAUCCGGUUGACGACGUUGCAGACUUGCCAAGCACUGAGCUUCCUCCUGCAGUCCUCAAGAUGGAGGGUUGGGAGACUGAUGCGUUGGAAGACUCAGGGAGCCCCCUGAGAAAGGACGGCUAUGCGGCGCCUACUUUCUCAAGCUUUAAGCGGAGGUUGCAGGAGGGGUCGGAGAAGCCUGCAAAUAAGAAUCCGGAGAUUACGAGGCCGGAGGAUCUGCUUACAGUGCAGCAGGCUCUCACCAUGGCGCUGCCCCAGUCCGCCCGGCGCACCCCCCGCCCCACCUCUAGUUCCUCCGACUGGUCCUCGCGCCGCAGCUCCAGCUUCGGCUCCAGCCAAACUUCUGCCGGGGACCACCUGACUCCCCGGUUGCUCGCCCGAUCCCUGUCUCUGAAGGCCCGGGAGCUUGCUAACCAACCGGGGGAAUCCACUGGGGGGCCAUCGAAGACUGGCAGCCGCCGGCAGAGCAGCUUCAGCAGGGCGCUGACUGCGGAAGAGGAGUCUGUCGUUUCGGGGGGGUCCGCCUCCAGUGAGGAGGUGGGGGGGAGGGGGAAGUCGGACAGCCUGGAGCGCGUGUCGGAGGGGGACGAAAGCGAGAAGCGGAGCCGGCUCAACACACCCCAAGAGUUGCCUAAAUCCAACCGCAGCAACUUUUCAGAGGGGAGCCGAAAUGGGGGGGUGGCGUUGGGGCAGCGGGAGACAGACUUCGGUUCCCCCCCUGAGCAGCGAUAUUCUACGGACAGGUCUUCAGAUGGAGAAGUGGUUAUUGGUGACUCUGAGAGCAGCUUGCGGAACUCCCUUGAGGGGGACGUUGAGCUGAGAGCCUUUGCCGAGAGUGUGAACGCGGUCGUACCGGGGACUCAAGGAGCAAUGUCGCCAGUCGGCAUCGUGUCCCGUGUGGUCGAUGUGGAACCAAUUCCCACCACUGUUGCUGUCGCAACACCCGCUCUGGCUCACAAUGCUGAGGAAUUGGAGCAGGAGAAGGAAGCUGAAAUGGCGGAAGGGGCUGCUGACGUCAACAAGGGCGCCAAGGAAGGUGACGUUGCGGUGACCGGUGGUGACGGGGAAGAACGGAGCUCUCAAGAAGGUAGCCUGAGGGAGGACAUUGACGAGGAGCAACGCGGCCAGGAAGAGGGGAUUCCGGAAAGCGCAGCCGGUCAGGUGAUUGAAGGAAUCGCGCAAGCGACGCUGAGUGUGGGCCCUACUAGCGAAAACGGUAAGGAGUUUGAGACUGAGAUGAGUGCAUUUGCAGUGGAUUCUCGGUCCACUUCGGAUAGCGCCAUGGGCCGGCAAUAUGACGUGCUCGGCUCUGAAGAGCAGAGCAUCUCAAAGGGCGAGGAAGGUGCGUGCGGUCUGCCAAGCGAGGCGGGCAGGCUCGUUGCGGUUGAGGAGGACGGAGCGCAGGCGAAGCAGCUGGAGGAGGUUGCAAGUGGGGAAAAUGAAAUAGAAACGGAGGCAGACCAAAGCGUUGUCGAGGAGGGGAGCGAAGACGCAGCGACGAAGAUGCUUGAGGGCUUGGUUGAGAAACGGCCAAGUGAGCAGUUGGACAAACAGGAGAAUGCAGAUCUAGGGGAGGUUGGGACCCUGGAAGAAGGUGAAGCGAGCGGGGAGGCAGUCGCGUUGGGAACGGAGAAAGCUCAAGAGCUGGGUGGCAAACCCAGCCUGGAGCACGGCAUCAGGAAGGAGGGUGAGAAAGGACCUGACGGGUGGGGUAUGGAACAAGGCAUCACUGCGGGACUGGAAAAAGAGAAAGCCCAAGAAAGGGAACAAGGGUUGGAGGAUGUCGUGCGUCAGGAUGACGUGAUUGGGGACGAGCAAAGUGCGAGCCGCCCCGACAUCCCUGAGCAGCCGUUGGUGGAAGAGGACAACACGGACCUGAGUCUCAGAUCCGAGUUGCGGGAGGUCGAAGAAAGGGAAGAGCCUGCGGUGAUGAACGAGACAGGUGAAACGGAGUUGCUGCUAGGCAAGGAUGCGCUGACCGGAGCGGGGUUGGCCAGCGAAUCUGGGAACGCGAGCGCAGCGGCAAUGAAAGGUAGUGUUGAGGUAACCGGAAGCAGUGGGACGAACGAUGAUGCAAACACGGUCAUGUUAUCUGCGGAGACCAAACCUGCGGAACAAGCCCAGCUUGAGACGAAAGCUGAGGAAAACGGGCAGAUUGUGCAAGAUGGCAUUACCCCAACGGCUGCGGCAACACGAUCAGCGGGAGAAGGGAGAGGCGAAUGGAGUGCAGCUGCCGGGGUGAACGAAGAAUUGAGGCCAUUGGCUCCGGUCCAAAGACGCGACUCGUGCGGAGAGGCGGACGGCAGCAAUGACGCGGCACGAACAGUGAACGAGGCUUCACUGGGUUUUGUCAGAGCCGCCAAUCCUGGGAUCUCGGAAAGGUCGGUGCGAGCGGCGGCGCCACAGAACGCUGAGAAAGUCGGCGUACUAGACAGUAGCACCACAAACCCGGCGGCAGCUUUGCUGAACAAGCAAGACAGAGGCGAGCCCACGGCAGUGCGACCGGGGCCGGGCGAGGAAUCAUUGGUCAGAAAGAACCCAAAGAAGGUGACCGGGAAGAAGAACCGGGAGGUGACGGCUGGCGAUGGAGAAAGGGUGGUUAGUAAAGAGCCGGAUGCGGACGUGCAGGGUCCCAAGCAAGUACCGGCUCCCGGCGAAGGUUUUGAAGCCUCUCAGCGAGUGGUCGGAAAAGAGGAUGCUUCGCUGGAACGAGGCGGGGAGACGGGUCGGGAGAGGGCUGUCCGGGAGACGUCCGCGGGUUCCGCGCAUCAGGGCGGCGGAAAGCUGUGCGCGGACGAGGAUGCAGCGGAAUCCGGAGCUGGGGCGGAGGCUGUGCAAGCUGAGGAGAGUACUGGGACUGGUAAUACGGCCUCAGGAAAAGCAAAGGCGAGAAAAAUAAAAAAGGGCCGCAAGACACACCGGCAGGCGGGGGCGGUUGCGCAGUUGGAAGAGGCAACUGUCUCGACGGCUGAACCUGUAGCGGAGGAAGAGACGGAAGAGAAAGCGUCACUAGCUCUUGGGAACCAGCCGACUGACGGUGUGGCGGAUUUGCGGCCAAAGAAAGGAUCAGGCGGGCUUAGCGUCGGCGCGGAGUCAUCGAAUGUUGAGAAAGCGGCUCCAGAGGGCGGGGCUGAGACUCCGAAGAAGGAUAAGAAGAAGAAAGGCAAGAAACACCGGGAACGGAGCGAGGCGGAAGGGUCGAACGCUGAGUCUGUGCCAGACGAGAGAGCGCCCGCGGAAUCCGCUGGUCAGGAGAGCGGAUCCGCCGGAUCGCCGUGUGCUGAGGAAGAGAAGGUGGACGAUGCGACAGCGAAGGGAGAAGGAGAUGCGACUGUAGCGAAGGACGCGAGUGAGUUUCCCAGAAAGCCCAGGAAAAAGAAUGGCAAAAAGAUCCGGACGACUGGCGAGGAAGAAGGGCUGGAAGAGGAUCAGAAGCACUUUGAAACAACGGCUGAGGGCGAGCCUGAGGUCGGUCAAAAAGAGAUGGUACACUUUGGGACUGCUGAUAUGGCGACCGGGACAUUGUUCGCGCGCGAAGAAAGUGGGUUGUCAGGCUCUGAGUCCGUCGGGAAAGAGGGGAAGAGAAAGAAGAGCGGCAAAAGCGGAAAGAAGAAACGAAAGUCGAAGGAAGGAGGCCGAGAGAUGAGUGGAAAGGUUGGUGAAAGUGGCGGCGAAAGUGCGCCUUUGAGCGGUUCAGAGGGGAGGGAAAAGGGUAAAGAAGAAGCAGACGGGCAAAGUAAAGAGUGCGGAUCUUUGGGUGAAGCAAAGGGAACGGGCAGCUAUUCGGAAGAGAACAAAGUGAUUCGGAACGUCAGUCAAGAGAGCGUCGAGGUUGUCUCUUGGCCCGAAGACGAUCUGGAUGACACGUGUCACAUUCCGCCGGAAAAUGAGCAACGCUCCGUCAGUUCCGGGAACAAGGUUGAACCGGGCGCCGAAGGCGCCAGGCCGACCGGUCUGGUGACGUCACCGAGCUGCGCUGAUGAGGUCAGCGAGAAGCUGAGGCUUGCGCUGGCAGGCCGCCGCGGAAAGCGCGGCAGUGCGGGCAGUCUCUACUACCCUGAACAAGCGCUCGGGACUGCUGACGUCAGUGCGGUUGGCGGCGAGAAAACUGCGCAGGGCGGGGUGCCGACGGACAGAGGAACGGCGGCUGACGCAGACGCGGUAAAGACUUCCGCGAACGCUGAGCAUGACGCAAGGAGCCCAAGUAAAAAGCCGUCACUUUUCCUGGACCUGACGUCGCCUGUGAGAGAUUCCGUCCGCCCGAGGGCGUCGAGUUCCGCUCCAAGCAGCCCAGGGAAGCACGUCGCCCGUGAGGGCUUCAGUCGCCAGCAAGAGCUCGACGCAGAGUGGGCGGCGUUCACGGACAGGGUUCUGUCCGAAAGCCGGGCGGAACGGACGGAACGGGCGGAAAAGAAGGGACGGGCGGACCAUGCGGGAGUGGCGGAAGGCGCCGACGAAACAGAGGAGAUCGCGGACGUGGCGCAGGGUUCCGAUGGUUCGGCUGACGUGGAAACAAACGAAGAGCGGAGCGGAACGGUCGGAGCGGAACGGCUGCCGGCGGCGAGCUUUGCGGCCAAGAUGGCGAGUCUCUUCCGCAAGGACACGCCGAGUCGGAGGACCGAACCGGACGCCUUUUCUGGUGUUCUUUUUGACGAGCCGCUCCCGGUGAAACAAACAGGUCUGAGAUCCAGUCCAGAUAGAGACGCGUCCGAGUGUAGUUCAGAAGGGAGUUCCGAAAAGGGCGACAGUGAGGCGGGAAACGAUGCUGAGGACGACUUCGACAAUCAGAUGCGGAAAGUCUCCUGGGCUGACGAAAACGGGAUCAGUCUCGAGGAGCGCCUGGGCGAAUCGAUGCACUUCCGGCAGUCCAAGUUUAACGAACUCGUCACCGGAACGGAACGGGAACAGCAGCGCGAUCGGCGACAGCUUAGCCCGCCACUGGGCUACGUCAGUCGCCCCGACCUCGCCGCUAAGAAGAGCGGCGCUCCGGCGGAAAAGCAGUUCCGGGAGCUGCUGAGGACUGAUAGCGGAAGAGCUGCGUCCGUCAGUCCUCGAAAGGGGGGGCUGCCAAAGCCUGCCUGGGUACCCCCCAGCGGGUCGCCCAGGUGCGCUGAUGUGGGCGACUCAAAGCACGCCAACGUGCACUAUGCGGCCGCCCCAAAUUCCGGACGGUUCGGGAGCCCACCCAGUAGAACCGGGUCCGGAAUACCGCCGGAAGCUACCUCUCUACCUAGGACUCGCAACGGAACGCCAAGAUUCAGCAGCCCGCCCCCUCGCGGGACGCCACCUGUCAGCAGCCCACCAGGUCGCGCGACGCCACGUGUCAGCAGCCCGUCCAGCCGCGGAGCGCCACGCGGCGGCAGUCCACCGAAGGUCUCGCCCGACGUUCCUUACCACAAGAUGCACACGUGCAUCGAACCGGUGAAGCUGUUCACGAUCGGGGCCAAGGUCGAGAGGACCAGCUCGCAGUCACCGGAAUACGCCCAGAGCCCGAGCGGAACGCCGGUCGAGCUCAAGAAAAGCUCCGAGAGCGGCAAAUCGGAGCGGAAUUCCGGGUCGUCCUCGACGGAGUCGAGCGACGGCGGAUUUUGGGACGUGCAACUAGAAGAGGGGAGGCGGCGGAGCAGCAAAGAGAAGCGGGUAACGUUUGCUGAUGUCACUCCAGGCGGAGGGGCUGGGGAGGGUGACGUGGCAAUCUUUGAGGAGCCCAAGUUUGAAGACGUGGCGUUGCGGGAAGGCCCGGCUAAGCCGGCGGAGGGCGAGAAAGAGACCGGUGGGCUGUCUGGCCUGGCGCGGAAGUUCAAGAACGUCAUGAACGGAAAGGGAGCGGAACGAAGCGGAGCGGAACGGAAGGAUACUCAAGCACGAGGAUCGGGAGAAAGUUCCAAGAAGACCAAAGGCAAGUGGGAGUUGAUCGUCGAGCAGGAGGAUGCGGAGAUCGACGAGGGCGCGUCGCUCAUCGCAGAGGCGCCGGAGGGCGCGCGCGCGCGCGCUGCAGUGGCUGCGGUCGCGGCCGCGCGCAGCGGCGCGUCGCUCGAGGCGAAGAAGGCCGAGCUGGCGCUCCGCAAGAAGAGGACGGUCAUCGAGCACAGGCGUGAGCGCGCGCGCGCGACGAAGGAACUAGAAGAGGUCCAGUCCACAAUUAUUUCCUUGCUCAUGCUCACAUUCCAUCCAUCGCUUCCCUCUCAGUUGAAGAAGAACGUCAGCGCUGAGCUGUCCGACGUCAGCGUGGCGACAGAGCGGCUUUUGCGCCGUUUCCACGUGGCCCAGUCCACUUGCCAGGAGCUGUCCGAGUUGCUGCAGGGCGCGCUCAAGGCCGACGCCGCGCGCGCGCAAGCGUACGCCGCGCUCGCGAGCUCCAACGUUCCGGCGUCCUCACCACACUCACGCGACAGUGACGUCACGGCCGCUUGUGACGCGGCACGUGGCCUCGCAUCCUCAGUCGCGGUUUCAGCGGACGAAGCGAACGAGGCUGCGAAACCUGCGUUCGACAAGAUCGUUGAGAUGAUGAAAGCCCUUGUUGCCGAAGAGAAGCGGCUGACGUGGGAGUCGACGUCACGCGGAGAGCCGGCCAUCCGUAAGCAGUGGGAGGCUCUGGCAAGAGCAUUCGAAGCCCACGAACGGGCGUGCUCCCUUUUGGAGACCCCCGAAGCCAGCCCCGCGUUUGGCGGCAACGAGUUGCAGAAGGACGACCCCUGGCUUGCCGGAAAGGCCCUCCAAGAGAGAAUACCGCCUGUACAGGCUGCCCGCACAGAGGCGGCGCUUAUGGUGGCGAGCAAUGCCAAGAGCCUGCGCGCGACUGAGGCGGACAGGAUUGACGCCAUCAAGGAGGCGCUGCUGACGUAUGGGCCGUGGGCUCAUACGAAGGCCUGGGAUGGACCUCUGCGCGCGCUGGAGACGCUGCGUGCCGCGAGCGACGCCCUGAGCGCGAAGCGCGCGGGGGAGGCGCGCCUGCAGGAGACGUGGGCUGCGUUUGAGUCGGCUUAUACCGAGAAGAAAGAGAUUCUUGAGGCUACCGCCCUAGACCCAUUCCAGAGCGCGCGCGCGCGCUUCCAAGGCCCUCUCAAGCGCAAAAUCGGCUGGAAUGGGAAGUGGGUACCCAGCCACGCCGUGCUGACGUCAGCGGGCAACCUCCACUUCUUCCACGUGGACGCCUCCGAGCAGCCCACCUCGCGCGACGCUGACGUCAGCCUCCACAUCAGCAUGGCGACGGUGCGCGCGCAUAGCGACGGGGUGACGCUGCAGCUGGCGUGCUACACGCACCAGGGAAAGAAGGAGGACGAGAUUCUUCUGCGCGCGCCGUCGGAGCGCGAGCGCGCGCGCUGGGGCGCGGCGUUCCGCGAGGCGACCGUCGAGGCCGUGCAGCAGGAGCAGCAGCAGCGCGAGGAGGCGGCCGCACGGCAAGCCAAGGAAAGAGAGCGGCUUGCGCAGCUGGCGAUUGAAAAGCAGGUCAAGGAGUUCAAGGUCGCGGCCGCGGCCGCGCCCGAGGACCUCCUCAAAACCUCGCCCAUCUCGCCAGACGCUGCCGCGGGGGAGGCCGCGCGCGCACACGUGCUCGAGCUGAGCUCGCAAAAAACGGUCGCUUCAGCAAGGAAGGAGUCGCUCUCGAAGAAAGAGUACUAUGGGGAGGCCGUACCUCAUAAGCAGAAGAAAAGCAACCCGGAGCUCGCGGAGGCGUUGGGCAGAAUGCGGUAUCUGACGGUCGAGGAGGCUGGCAACGCGGAGGAAGACAACAUCGCUUAA